UACAAUCUCUCCCUCUCUCUUAACACAGAGACACACAAGAUGCACAGGCGAUUCCAACGUUUAUUCACAUCCCUAAAGGAGCACGGCAGCGUCAGCUACGCCAAGUUCGCCACGAUCGGCGGGUUCUGCAACGUCGAUCUCAUACUCGUCAAGGCGACGGCCCCCGACGACCUCCCGCUCCCCGAGCGGUAUGUGCACGAGCUCCUGAAGAUCUUCUCCAUCUCCCCUUGCUCGUUCCGCGCGUUCUCCCUCGGCUUCACCCGCCGGUUCAGGAAUACGCACUGCUGGCGUGUUGCACUCAAGUGCUUGCUCCUCGUCCACCGUCUUCUCCGGUCUCUCCCCGAAGACAGCCCUUUACGGUCCGAAUUGCUGUGGACCCGCUCCGCCGGAUUGCUCUCUCUGAACCCAUGCCACUUUCGGGAUGCCUCCUCCUCGGCGUCCGAGGACUACACCAAUUUCAUCAGGUCCUAUGCCGGGCUCCUCGACGAAGCUCUCAAUAUCUUCUCUAUCGAAACUAUACUCGUCGAAGAUGACGAAUUGCCCGAAAAUCUGCCUGAUAGGAUGAGGGAAGUGGGGAAGUUGCUAGAGAUUCUGCCGCAGCUACAGAGUCUGAUCGACCGCGUCAUGGACUGCAGGCCGAUUGGAUCCGCAGCGAGGAGCUUCAUCGUAAAAUCGGCGAUGAAACACAUAAUUCGCGACAGCUUCAUUUGCUACACCACAUUUAGGAGAGACAUUGUGGUGUUGCUAGAGAACCUCUUUCACAUGCCACACAGGAAUUGCAUCUCUGCCUUUGGCAUCUACAAGAAAGCGGCUCUCCAAGGCCAACGGCUUAGUGAAUUCUAUGAUUGGUGCAAGGGGCGGGACCUAUGCGGGCCGUACGAAUAUCCGUUCACCGACCGAAUCCCGCAAAUUCAGAUCGAAGCGCUCGAGAGUUUCCUCAACGGGAUGUGGCAAUUGACGGAUCAGUCGUUGUCCUCGUCCUCUUCCUCCUUGACCGUGUCGCCCUCUUCAUCCAUAGCAAAGUCGAGGUCGACACUGACCGAAGACGACGGCGAGUUCAUGCCGAGGGGGGUCACAAUCAUCAGCACGCAGUGGGAGAAAUUCGAGGACAAUGCCAUGGUGGUGAAAUCUGAGGAAGACGAAAGGGAGCCAUUGAUCAAGCUUGAAGACGGCGAGAAGGGCAGCGGUUGGGACUGGGAGGCCCUUUUGGAGGCCUCCAUCAAUCUAUCUCCUAUGAAUCAACAGACCAAGGUCUGUGCUCAUGAUGAAUUUGUUCAAUCCGGGUACUUCUCUGGAUUCAUUGACGAAGUAAACAAGGAUCAAAGUGGGAAAGAGAAUGAGUGGCAGUUGCAGAUAAACGACCCAAGAAGCCUCAAUCCUUUCUAUUGACAUGAUUGCAAGAGGAAUUGAAUCUGCUGCUAAAGUGUCGUUUUCAUGAUAGGAUGUAGUGUUAGAAGCUGGGGUUUUAAAGACAUAAUGCACUUCAUCACUUUGAUUUUUCCUAAACGAUUUAUUGUCUUGUUUUAGAAACCAUAUACCAUGAUUCAUUUGUUGUUUUGAGCUAUGGAGGUUAGUGUCGCGCCGCGCUUUUCUCUACCGAAGCACACUAGGAG